AUGAGCUCCUCUCCCUCAAACUCAUUAUUCAACAUUUCAGAUCCUCCGGUAGCUCAUCAACGCCGUCGCCGACUAGCUCAUUAUCAUCCUACCAUUUGGGGUCCCGAGCUCAUCGAUUCCUUCUCCUCUCACUACAAUCAUGAGUCAUAUGCCUCACAAUUGGAGGAUCUAAAGCAGAAUGUUUCAAGAACUUUGUUUGCAUCGUGUUAUGAAGACAAUGCUGGUUCUAUUUUGAAGCUCAUAGACGCGAUGCAGCGGUUAGGAGUAGCAUACCUGUUUGAAAAGGAGAUCCAAGCAGCUAUAUUUACUCUUGUUUCCUCUAGUACUGCUGGUACCACAAGCGAUCUUCAGGCAGUUGCUUUGAAAUUUCGGAUACUAAGACAAUAUGGAAUUCCAAUUAGCUCUGAUUUGUUUAAUGAGUUUAGAAAUAGCGAGGGAUGCUUCAAAGAUAGCUUAAGCGAUGAUGUGGAGGGGCUUUUGAGUUUGUAUGAAGCAUCACACCUUGGAAUUCUAGGAGAAGAUGUUCUGGAGGAGGCCAAGAGUUUUAGUUCGAAAAACUUGAAACAAUCCAUGACAACAAUAUUAUUGAACGACGAUAAUCUACGGAAGCAGGUAGAGCAAUCACUGGUAGCUCCUGUGCACCGGAGGAUGCCUAGGAUAGAAGCUUUAGACUUCAUCAACAUGUACCAAAGGGAAGAUGCCAGUAACCUGUCUCUGCUAGAGUUGGCCAAAUUGGACUAUAAUCUUGCAAUCAGUACAUCAGACGGAGAUAAAGAAGCUCUCAAGGUGGUGGAGAGAGCUGGAUUCAAAUCCAAGGCAAGUUUCUCGAGGGACAGAUUGAUGGAGAACUACUUGUGGGCAUUGGGAAUUACUUAUGAACCUCAAUUCUCCGAAUGCAGAAUAGGCCUCACGAAAUUUAUAUGCAUACUGUCAGCCAUUGAUGAUAUGUAUGAUGUGUAUGGAUUCCUGGAUGAGCUCGAGCUAUUUACAGAUGCAGUAACUUGUUGGAGUCUGAAGGCUAGUGAGGACCUUCCUGAGUACAUGAAGCCGAUUUAUUCUGCCAUGUUCACAUUUGGCAACGAAUUAGCUGAUAAGGAUUGUGGUCUGAACAUUCUUCCUCAUAUCAAGAGAGAGUGGGAAAAUCUUUGUAAGUCGUAUAUGGUGGAAGCACGCUGGUUUUACAGCAAAUACACACCGACUCUCGAGGAGUAUUUGAACAAUGCAUGGACUUCGGUGGGCGGUCCUGGAGCAAUGCUCCAUGCUUAUUUGUUAACGCAAGGAUCCCAACUAACAAAAGCUUCACUUGAGUCCUAUAAUCAUGGCACUCAACUUAUAUAUUGGGCAUCUCUCGUGACUCGACUUACCGACGAUCUGGGCACUUCCAAGGCUGAGAUCGAGAGAGGGGAUGUUGCAAAGUCGGUUCAGUGCUACAUGGAAGAAAAAGGCAUAUCAGAAGAAGCAGCACAGGAAUACAUAAAAGGCUUAAUCAGCUAUUCAUGGAAGAAGAUCAAUGAAGAGAGUGGCAAAGCUGCUGUACCAAAAUCUAUUGUAAACCUGUCACUCAAUAUGGCACGGACUGCUCACUGCAUUUUUCAACAUGGUGAUGGAAUUGGGACAUCGGUCGGGGUGACUAAAGAUCGUUUAGUCUCUUUGAUUACAAAUCCUAUCCCUAUCGAUCGAUGAUCAUCAUGUGAUCCAUGUAACAGUUUAACUAGUUUCAUG